GGAGCACUUCCGCCUUGAGGAAGAAAACGGAGACAUGGCAACGUUUUUCGGUGAAGUGUUAUCGGUGUAUUCUCGGGCCGUGGAGGAAGAUGAAGAAGAUUUGGACGAAAAUGAAGAAGAUCGAGAAAUUCGGAGGGAGCUGGAGGAGAAGAGAGAGGUUUGUCUGCAAUGGAACACUGAAGUGUCUGAGUGUCUGAGCUCUGGAAACAAGCUACAGUGUUCAGAGUUCAUCCUGGCUGUUGGACACAACGCUACCAGAUUUGUGUCCAAGUAUGUUGUUUCCUCUGACAACUGGGAUACAGUGGGGCAUGCUUCUCUGUGGAAUGAGAGAAACCAGGUCAUUGCUGGUCAAAGCAGAGAGGAGUCAGCCUGUGUGUUCUACAGACAGAAGGACAACCCAUCAGUUCUUGUAUGUCAGGUAAACUGCUACAUUGCAGAAGACCAGCUUUUUCAGUGGACAGAAAAGGUUUUUGCCUGUAUUCAACCCAGGGGGCUCAGUGUAACGGUGCUGUCAGAUAGCUCUGUGGCCGAUUACCAGACAUCAGAUUACCUGAGCAGCAGCUCCGCCCCUUUCCUGCGCUCCCUUCACACCUCUGCUUUCAUUGGUCAACCAGUCUGCCCGUCACUGGAGCAACCAAACAUAGUCACUGGUCUUUCAGCUGCAGUACUGAACCACUGCCAGGUCCACCACAUCAGCACCGUUGUGUACCAGUGUUAUAGUGAUGUUAUUGGCCCUGACUCCGUCACCAUGGAAACCUACAAAUCUGCCUUUACCAAACUUGGUGAGACCAUAAAGUUGUCUCCAAAUGCAGAUGUCUACAAGUUCAUCACAACCACAGACAUUCAGAGCAAUCUUUAUAUAUAAUAUGGCCAAUAUAGAGUUGGCCUGUCAUUGUAUAAUGUAUUCUUGUCAUUUUUAAAUAAAGAGCACUUUCAUUUAA